UGACUCGUGCGCGGCCCGCCUCACAGAGCCGAGGCUUUGGCGCGCUGCUGAGCGCGGCUCGAGUGGGAACCCCGGGUGUCUUCCAGCGGUGUCCCGAGAUGCCCACGUGGAGCCUGCGGCGGAGGCCGGGCCGCACACUCGGACUCCUGCUGCUGCUGAUCUUGAGCUUCUUGGUGCUCCGCAGGUUGAACUGGAGCACUCUGCUUCCUCUAUGGCUCCAGCCUCGUCGCCUGGGACUUCGAACAAAAGGCCCAAACUUCAUGUUGGAGGACUCCACCGUUCAGAUUUUUGGGGGAUCCAUACACUAUUUCCGUGUACCCAAGGAAUACUGGAGGGAUCGCCUGCUCAAAAUGAAAGCCUGUGGCUUGAAUACCCUUACCACCUAUGUGCCGUGGAACCUCCAUGAGCCAGAAAGAGGCAAAUUCGACUUCUCUGGGAACCUGGACCUGGAGGCCUUUAUCCAGCUGGCUGCGAAGAUUGGGCUGUGGGUAAUUCUGCGACCGGGGCCCUACAUCUGCAGUGAGAUUGACCUCGGGGGCUUGCCCAGCUGGCUCCUCCAAGACCCCAACAUGAAGCUGAGAACAACUUAUCAUGGCUUCACUAAAGCAGUGGACCUUUACUUUGACCACCUGAUGUCCAGGGUGGUGCCACUCCAGUAUAAGCAUGGGGGACCCAUUAUUGCUGUGCAAGUGGAGAAUGAAUACGGUUCCUAUGGCAAAGACCAUGCAUACAUGCCUUACAUCAAGAAGGCCUUGGAAGACCGUGGUAUUAUAGAGAUGCUCCUGACCUCAGACAACAAAGAUGGCCUGCAGAAGGGAGUGGUCAAUGGAGUGCUGGCCACCAUCAACUUACAGUCUCAACAGGAGCUGAAGGCACUCAGUAGUGUUCUCUUAUCUAUACAGGGGAUUCAACCAAAGAUGGUGAUGGAGUACUGGACUGGGUGGUUUGACUCAUGGGGUGGCCCCCACAAUAUCUUGGAUUCCUCUGAGGUUUUGCAAACAGUGUCUGCUAUCAUCAAAGCCGGCUCCUCCAUCAACUUAUACAUGUUCCACGGAGGCACAAAUUUUGGCUUCAUAAACGGAGCCAUGCAUUUUAAUGACUACAAGGCUGAUGUCACCAGCUAUGACUACGAUGCUGUAUUGACAGAGGCUGGAGAUUAUACUGCCAAAUACACCAAGCUUCGAGACCUCUUUGGAACCUUCUCAGGUAUCCCUCCACCUCCUCCACCUGAGCUUACUCUUAAGAUGACCUAUGAGCCAAUGAGGCCAUCUUUCUACAUAUCACUGUGGGAUGUUCUCCUGUACUUGGACGACCCAAUCGAGUCUGAGAUUCCCAUCAACAUGGAGAACCUGCCAGUAAACAAUGGCAAUGGGCAGGCCUUUGGGUACGUUCUGUACGAGACCACCAUCUUUUCAUCUGGCAUCCUCAGUGGCCAUGUGUGCGACAGGGGACAGGUCUUUUUGAACAGAAUAUUCAUAGGAUUCUUGGACUAUAAAACAACGAAGAUUACUAUUCCCUUAACCCAGGGCUACACCACGCUGAGGAUCUUGGUGGAAAAUCGUGGGCGAGUCAACUAUGGGAAUAAUAUUGACGCUCAGCGCAAAGGUUUAAUUGGAAAUCUCUAUCUGGACAAUAUUCCUCUGAAAAAGUUCAGAAUCUACAGCCUGGAUAUGACAAAGCGGUUCUUUGACAGGCUCGACAUGGACAAGUGGAAUUUCGUUCCCAAAGAGCCCACCUACCCUGCCUUCUUCCUGGGUGCCUUGUCAGUUGGCAUUUACCCUUCUGACACAUUUCUGAAGCUAGAGGGCUGGACAAAGGGGGUUGUAUUUGUCAAUGAUCACAACCUUGGACGCUACUGGAACAUAGGACCUCAGAAAACUCUCUACCUCCCAGGUGUCUGGCUGGACAAAGGACUCAACAAGGUCAUCAUUUUCGAGGAGACAAUGGCAGGCUCCGUGGUACAGUCUACUGAAACCCCCUACUUGGGCAGGAACCAGUAUGUUAACUGAACAGCAGUCCCAGCCUUUCUGCUGUGGUUGGCAGCUUCCUUCCUUCCACUCCUACAGAAGGGUCUUCAUAACUAGCAACCUCAGGGAUUGAAGGACUAUUGUCAACUCAGUCCAAAAUCUGAGGGCACUAAAGAGAAAAUGGGGUAGCAUUGUCUGGGAUACCCUCAUAAUGAGAUGGCUUCUCUCUUGGUUUUGUGGUUGUGUUCCUUUCUGCUACCCUGCUCUUUCUGGGGAGGCCAUAGGGCUAUCGCUGAGGGUGGAGUAUGCAGGUGUAUCACCUUCAAGGAAGACGAUGAAGUUAGGUGGGUACUGGAAGUGAAAGCCUCACCAGACUAACCUGCUGGAUACAGGUAGGCUUUUUGAACACUCCGAGUAGGCCAUGGCCACCUCCUAUAGAGGUGCUUUGUGCUCCUGAAUUUGUGGGUUUGUCAUUGUUUGUAGAGCAAAGAUAAAGUGUGUCUUACUUGAGUCAACUUGAUUUUACUUUUCCGCUUUCCUCCAGCUAGUUUGGGGGUUCUGGAAGAAACAUACGUCUUUUCCUUUUCAUUUUGUCUCGUAUUCCAUUGAAUCAGUUGAUAAGCUGAGCUUAAGAGAAAUAGACAUGCUCAGUACUUUUUUUCCUAAGUUAAGAGAGCAUUUGCUGUUGUCUGGAGUAAGGAGGUGUGUCACCAAAGAGGAACAGCCUCACCAGGGGAGGAGCUGGGGAUUUCAGCAGAAACCACCUCGUAUCCAUGGUCUCGAGAACAGAAUGGCAGAAGGCUUGGCUAAGUGGCACAGGGCAUCUGCCCCUAACCAUGCAGAAGAAUUUGGGGUUAGCUACAAGCCCACAGGUUUAGCACAGGCCUUGUGUCCAGCUCAACUGAUUCUUUGAGAACUUUCAUUCUCCUUCCUUACACAGCAUUGGGAAGGGGAAGGCAGCCAGCUGUCUGCCAUGUUGUCUCAGUCCAGAUUGAAGGGAUCAGUGCAAUGGCUUGGUUUGGGUUUGCCACCCUAAAUUGCAAUAAAGCAAUAUAUUUGAAGCAAA